AUGCUGCACUCGCCAGCCAGAUACCAGCACGUCGAUCGGCUGCUCGACCGGCCUGGCCCCGCCACCGAUGCCGCGUUCCAGGCCGGCGCAUCCGUCAAGCACUUCCUUCGUACGCAGUGCAAGAUCCUCGUCAUCGGCGCAGGCGGUCUCGGAUGCGAGAUCCUGGCCAACCUCGCGCUGAGCGGAUUCCACCACAUCCACAUCAUCGACAUGGACACCAUCGACGUCUCCAACCUCAACCGCCAGUUCCUUUUCCGCGAAGCCGAUGUAGGCAGACCCAAGGCCGAGGUGGCCGCCGAGUUUGUGCGUCGUCGUGUACCCGGCGUCGACAUCACACCGUACCAUGGGAAGAUCCAGGACAAGGACGAGCAGUACUACAUGCAGUUCAACCUGAUCAUCUGCGGGCUGGACUCGGUCGAGGCUAGGAGGUGGAUCAAUGCCACGCUCGUCAACAUGGUGGAUGACGAGGACCCCGACUCGCUAAAGCCGCUCAUCGAUGGCGGAACGGAGGGCUUCAAGGGCCAGGCUAGGGUCAUCCUGCCGACGGUCACAUCGUGCUACGAGUGCAGCCUGGACAUGCUCAGUCGGCAGACGACGUACCCGAUCUGCACGAUCGCAAAUACCCCGCGCUUGCCAGAACACUGCAUCGAGUGGGCAAGCGUACUCGAGUGGCCGCGGCUCUUCCCAGAUACCAAACUGGACAACGACAAUCCGGACCACAUUCAGUGGCUCUACGACCAGGCAGCAGCACGAGCCGACUCGUUCGGAAUCACGGGUGUCACCUGGGGUCUCACGCAGGGCGUGGUGAAGAACAUCAUCCCCGCCAUCGCUUCCACAAACGCCAUUGUCGCAGCUGCGUGUGUGCUCGAAGCCUUCAAGAUCGCCACCACCGCAGCGCCGUUCCUCAACAACUACAUGAUGGUCACCGGCAACGACAGUGUAUACACUUACACUUUCGAGCACGAAAAGAGACCCGACUGCCCCGUAUGCGGAGGCGAGUCGCGAACCAUGACGUUUAAGCAGCACGAAACGGUGCAGGACCUCAUCGACAGGCUGGGCGAAAUGCCCGAUCUGCAGCUCACAAAACCCUCGCUCGCCAUCCAGGGCAGACCGCUCUACUUCCAGGCGCCGAAACAGAUCGAGGAAGCCACAAGGCCGAAUUUGGGCAAAAGGAUAGCAGAGGUGUGUGCGGGGGAUGACGAGGUGACGGUGACAGAUGCGCGGCUACCAUUUACGCUCGGUGUGGUGGUCAAGUUUGACGGGUGA